AUGUUCUGGCCCACUAGGAAGAACAUCAAGACUGCCCUGGAGGUCUUUGCUCUUUUCCAGUGGGCCCUCAGUGUCUUGGUUAUAGUAACCACUGUGAUCCUUGUCAACCUCUACUUGGUGGUGUUCACAUCGUACUGGCCUGCCACUGUGCUGAUGCUCAUCUGGCUGGCUUUUGACUGGAAGACCCCUGAGCGUGGCGGCCGCCGGUUCACCUGUGUGAGGAGGUGGCGUCUGUGGAAACACUACUGCGAUUACUUCCCAAUCAAGAUCUUGAAGACACACGAUAUUUCCCCCAGCCACAACUACAUCCUUGCCUGCCAUCCUCAUGGGCUCAUGUCCCAUUCAUGCUUUGGCCACUUUGCCACUGAAACAUCAGGCUUCACCAAGAUCUUUCCUGGUAUCACUCCCUAUAUGCUCACGCUAGGAGCCUUUUUCUGGGUACCUUUUCUCAGAGACUAUGUAAUGUCUACAGGGGCGUGCUCUGUGAGCCAAGCCUCCAUGGACUUUCUGCUUACCCGUAAGGGCACAGGCAACAUGCUUGUCGUGGUGGUUGGUGGCCUGGCUGAAUGCAAACACAGCAUGCCAGGCUCCACCACCCUGGUCUUAAAGAAGCGGUAUGGCUUUGUGCGCACGGCCCUUCGACAUGGGGUGUCUCUAAUCCCUGCUUAUGUCUUUGGAGAGACGGACCUCUAUGACCAGUACAUUUUCACUCCUGGGGGCUUUAUCAAUCGCUUCCAGAAGUGGUUCCAGAAGAUGGUACAUGUCUACCCCUGUGCUUUCUAUGGGCGUGGCUUUACCAAGAACUCCUGGGGCCUUCUGCCCUAUUCUCAGCCAGUAACUACUGUUGUCGGGGAACCUCUACCACUGCCCAAGAUUGAGAAUCCGAGCCAGGAGACUGUGGCCAAAUACCACACACUCUAUAUUGAUGCCCUACGCAAAUUGUUUGAUCAACAUAAGACCAAGUUUGGCAUCUCAGAGACCCAGGAGCUGGUGAUACUUUGA